GCAGAGAGAGACAAGACAUGGAAGAAGCGGGAGUGUUAGAAUUGUAUGAGCUGCACUACUCUGAUUUGCUGCUGUUAUCAUCAACUUCACCGGUACCAGAAGAGGGAGAAGAAAGAGCGGAGAGAAUAAAGAAAACAGUAAUGGAAACCCUAGGCCCGACUGGCCCAGGACUCCUUUCCAUCGCUGGUGUCCCUAAAGCUUCCAUUCUUCGACAAAGGCUCCUCCCUCUUGCUAGCAAGCUGGCUCUUCUCGACCACGAUCGCCGCAAACACAUCCUCAAGGAGCACAACUUGGGUAGUGAUGUUCCUCUGAAGAACCCGGAUAGAAAUGUGUCCUCUUUUGCAAUGCAACUCAAAUAUGCUCAAGCUCUAGAAUCUGCUCCGGGUAAAACGAAUAAUGGAGCCCGUUCUAAUUCGAAUUUAGAAUCAGCUCAUCUGGAUGACAAUGAUGAUGAAGUGACAGACUCUCCGGAAGAUGAAUUUGCAAAUCUGUCUGAUAUCUUUAGGGAGCUGGGACAUUGCAUGAUGGAGCUGGGGCUUCGUGUUGCGCAAAUAUGUGAUAUGGCCAUUGGUGGUCAAGAGUUGGAACGGAGCUUACUGGAAUCAGGGACAGCAAAAGGACGCCUUAUACAUUACCAUUCUUCUCUAGACAACCUACUGAUAAAAGCAAGUGGGAGAAGGAAGGGAUCCACAAAAAAGCAGGCUUAUUCUGAGAAGAACCAAGUGCUGUUAUCAAGAAGUGAGCAAAAGCAAUCAGAACGCUGUAACUUGGUUGCUAAUAUUAAUGAAGUCGGAUCAAGUGGAAAUCAGGGAAACCUAUGGCAGCAGUGGCAUUAUGAUUAUGGUAUCUUCACUGUUUUGACAGCACCCAUGUUUCUUAUGCCCUCCCAAUUAUCAGAAAAUACCGCAACAGAUCAAUUUCCAGUUUUUUGUGAUCAAGACUGCCCUUGUCCAACUGGACAUUCAUAUUUGCAAAUCUUUGAUGCCAAUACAAAUGAUGUCCUCAUGGUGAAAACUUCUUCAGAAAGUUUCAUCAUUCAGGUCGGUGAAUCGGCUGAUAUCUUAUCGAGAGGAAAGCUUCGCUCAACCCUUCAUUGUGUUUGCAGACCCCCAAACUUAGAAAAUCUAAGCAGAGAAACUUUUGUUGUGUUUUUGCAACCUGCAUGGAGCAAAACUUUCUCAAUGUCAGAUUAUAAUGUGCAGCACAGCAUGUUAGGUCGUCAUUCUUCAAAUGAGGGAAAUGGCCUUACUGAGCAUGACUUUAAUGAAGUUGCUCGAGAAAUUCAUAAAAUUGUCCCCCCACUUUCAUCACGGUUGAAGGAUGGGAUGACAUUCGCAGAAUUCUCACGUGAAACUACCAAGCAAUAUUAUGGAGGCAGCGGUUUACAAUCAAACAGUUAGCUCCUUGCCUUUCUAUUUGCUGUAGGAUUCAAUUUUGGGCAAGACUUCUGAUAUUUGUUCUGUUAUCUCUUUGCUCGAUGUUUUUUAGGGGUGAAAGAGAUAUAUAGAUUAAUUUUGUGAGAAAAUAGUUUCUUGAAUCAAACAUAUUUGGUAACUCACCAUUGACCUACCUCCCUUUUGUGUAGCUAUAGAUCUGCAUUGGUUUGGUCUUUGUGAGUUUCAUGACACCAUAUAAUGUGAGGAGUUACCAUAGGCCUUUGAGCUUGGUUGGGUGGUUGCUAUUACCAUAUGACAGUGGGGCUAUUUUUUGGAAUAAAAGCUGCAAUUUAAGCUGCUGAUGCUACCAUUACCUAGAACAGUUGAUGGUGGAUUCUUACUUCCUGAAUAUAGAGACAGACGGCAGAAUAUGACCAGCGGAAAUAGAAAAUAAUUCGUCUUGAAUGGUCUGUAGAGGGACAGGUCCAAGGUUACUUCGUAUUUACUAUGAAGGGAUGAUCUUUGAAGUGCCAAUCAUAGCUUCUCUACAAGUCAUUAAGGUUGACAAAGUCAAGAUGCAGGGGCUGUCUUCUCCUUGAUUUCUAGCGGGGUCAAUCGUGCUCCUUCCAUGUAAGGGAAACAGCAACUGAAUUUAGAUCAGGUGUGCCCUCAAGUCUCGACCAAAAGUUUUACCUUAAAAAUGAUUACAAACGCCUCUUUCCGUGUGAAAACUCUCUAUUUUGGGUUUAGACUUCGUAGAAAGCGUACUCGCAAGACGUUAGGCAUGACACCUUCGAUUCUAGUUUUUUCCCUCGUAGACUAAUGAGUUUUUUGACCUGCGAGAUAUGUAGAAAGAAAUAACCCUGUAUGUGCAGAAGGAAAUGGACCAGCAAUUCCAAUA